CAAUUUCCGCAGUCUAGCUUACUCCACGGAGGAGGCGCAAUCGAGAUCGUUCUGAUUCCUUCCACGAUGCCCCAUCCAACUCCAUCGGUUCCCCUGCAAUUCCUUCUCUUCUCCUCUUCUCCUCUUCUCCGUCAGCCUGGUGGAUCCCCGUGCGUUGUCUUCCCCCGUCCCGGAUUCGGGCCAACUAAUCUAUGAACGGUUUAGCGAGGGAAUGGGUAGCGCCGUCUGACCUCAUCCCCGAUAUAGGCAGAUUGAAGAGCGCUCGAAGAGUCCUCGCCGCCCGUGCAGCAAACGUACGACGUCCGAGACUAUACGGUCCGUACAUAUUAUGUCUCAAGACUAUAUCCCCUCACGGACGUUCACUCGAUUAUCGCCCGUCACCUAGCAACCAAAACACUUCAAUCCACCCGUGAUUGACCCUCGUGAAAUCGGAGAAUUAUCGCCCACGAUUCCCUCGCGUUGACUCAGAUUUUGAAAUGAAAGAUGGGCCCUUCAAGGGAUGGGCCCUGCAGUUGAUACCUCACAAACGAGACUAAUCCAGGUACCAUCCUAGCCCACGAGCGAUGGGGACGCUCGGUCCAUGUGUUCGGGAUUGAAAAUGCGACCUCUCGCCUGCCACGGAGGUUUUUUAUUUCAAUAGUUCCUGGUCACUGGCUGGUUCGCCGGGUUGAAGGAGUUUAAAUCGCGAUCGAGACUAUGAUCGGGACUACGGCCGGGGUAGGUGUGGUUGAGAGUGCAACUGUCAUCUUCAUAGACUGGUUCUGUGGAUGAAUAUGAACCGUACAGAAUACGAUGUCUUUCGUUAAUGGAAGCUAACAAUAUGAACCACGAUAAGAACAAUACUAAGAACAAUCCAGGAACCUGGUCGAGUACAAGUCCCCCAGUGCCCAAAAAGUAUAGCGUGACGAGGUAAUUACGAUCCACGCAAGCUCUAUCCCAUAUUGGACCUGGACUCAACGCCCGUAAUUACGGUCUCGUAUUGUUACCCCCGCGUCACCCGCAACAAAGAAGGUCUCGGCUCUCGUCUGCCUUGAUAAACUGGCCGCCCAGCGCUUUUCGAAAGUCCGUUGAGCAUCACCAAACCUCAAACCUGCCCCUCGCCCAUGGCUCCCGUCGGCAUUCUGGCUCGUCUCAAGAGCCUCUACACCAAGCAUCAGGAUGAACCCUCAUUAUCAGUGCACACCGUCGCGCUAUUCUCGGUCGCCCUUACAUUACUCUACGUCGUACCCUUCUACCUCUCCCCCGCAACCAGGCCUUCACCCAGUUUAAGCCGCGAUGCGCCGUCCGUCAUCCGCGCGCGUAUCCGCACCGUCACGGGCUCUUGCCUCGUCUGCUCGCUGGUCGUGCUUUGGCUGGUCGUUGAUAAGGGCGGUUCCUCGCUGAGUGCUGCGUUGAGUCUACUCGGAUGGUGGCCGAUUGAUUUCGGCGAUAUCCUGCGCAGUCUCCUGUUGACCGCGAUCCUGUUCAUCGGCCCACUGUACGAACACGGCAUUGUCGAGGGUGAAUGGCGGUCGUGGUCUAGUCGGGCGCAAUGGUCGCAGUCUCUCGGUGGAUGGAUUGGGUGGAGAAAUUAUGUUGCGGGCCCCAUCACCGAAGAAGUCAUGUUCCGCUCCGCCAUCAUCCCCCUCCAUAUCCUCGCCCGCAUCUCCCCGGGUCGCAUCACCUUCCUCUCCCCGCUGUACUUUGGCAUCGCGCAUGUCCACCACUUCUACGAGUUCCGCCUCACACACCCCGACACCCCCGCGCUAGCCGCCCUCCUCCGCUCCCUCUUCCAGUUCAGCUACACCACCAUCUUCGGCUGGUAUGCUACCUUUAUAUUCCUGCGCACCGGCUCCCUGCCCGCCGUCAUCCUGGUCCAUAGCUUCUGCAAUUGGUGCGGGCUGCCCCGGUUCUGGGGUCGUGUGGAGGCUGGUGAGCCUUUGGGACCGCCGGUGCGGGGCAAGGAGGAUGGAGAUGGGAAGGGGAGGGGUGUCAGUGUUGGGGAUGGGGAGUUGAGUAUCAUGUGGACGGUGGUGUAUUAUACGUUGCUCGUCGUUGGGGCGAUGGGGUUUGCAUGGGCGUUGUGGCCGCUGACGGAGUCUUAUAAUGCCUUGGUUGAUUUUGGGAGGAAGGGGGCUAAAUGAGGUGGGAUCUGCCAAUGGGGUGGUAUCCUUUUGUUUUUCCUCGGAUCCCCUGUCAUGAUUUGAUUUGUAUUUUCGCAUGGCGGUACAUUUUGAGCCUGUGAGAAUAUGCAUCUGUAUGUCACGAAGUCUUACGUCUCGUAGCUACCUAUGCGGUAAAUACUCUGGUCGGGAUCUUCCUGAGCGGAAGUUGUACACUUCGGUCUCGGCAUAAUGUCGAACCGAGAGAAGCAUAACAAACAACCUUAAUCUACAAAG